CUUCGUGGGUCCUGGCAGAUCAAUAACACAGAAGGAUGUAAGAAUGCCGAUCCGGCCCCUCACGCGUUCAGGAAUCGCCUCGCUCCAAGGCGGAUGCGGAGGUAUCAGAAGCCGGCUGCAGAAUCCGGUUCAACCAUGCGGAGCCGGAGCAACUCUGGCGUGCGGCUGGAUGGCUAUGCCCGGCUGGUGCAACAGACAAUCCUGUGCCACCAGAACCCAGUUACAGGAUUGCUUCCAGCCAGCUGUGACCACAAGGAUGCCUGGGUCCGGGAUAAUGUCUACAGCAUCCUAGCAGUUUGGUCACUGGGUUUGGCGUAUCGUAAGAAUGCCGACCGUGAUGAGGACAAGGCAAAGGCCUAUGAACUGGAGCAGAGUGUGGUGAAACUGAUGCGAGGUGUCUUGCAGUGUAUGAUGAGGCAGGUGGACAAAGUGGAGGCCUUCAAGUACACCCAGAGCACCAGGGACUGCUUGCAUGCCAAGUACAACACCGGUACCUGUGCCACCGUGGUGGGUGAUGACCAGUGGGGCCACCUGCAGCUGGAUGCCACAUCUCUGUACUUGCUCAUGCUGGCUCAGAUGACAGCCUCAGGGCUUCACAUCAUCCACAGCCUGGAUGAAGUAAACUUCAUACAGAACCUUGUCUUCUACAUUGAAGCUGCUUAUAAGACCGCUGACUUUGGGAUAUGGGAGCGUGGUGACAAGACAAAUCAAGGCAUCACAGAACUGAAUGCCAGCUCAGUAGGGAUGGCAAAGGCUGCCUUAGAAGCCUUAGAUGAGCUAGAUCUCUUUGGAGCCAAGGGGGGCCCCCAGUCGGUGAUCCAUGUGCUGUCAGAUGAAGUGCAGCAUUGCCAGUCUAUUCUCCAUUCUAUGUUGCCGCGGGCUUCAACUUCAAAGGAGAUUGAUGCCAGCCUCCUCUCAGUCAUCUCUUACCCUGCUUUUGCUGUGGAGGACAGCCAACUGGUAGAGGUGACCAAACAGGAGAUUAUCUCCAAGCUACAAGGCCGUUAUGGCUGCUGCCGGUUUCUCCGUGAUGGCUACAGAACCCCCAAAGAAGACCCUAACCGGCUCUAUUAUGAGCCUGCAGAACUGAAGCUCUUUGAGAAUAUUGAGUGUGAGUGGCCCCUGUUCUGGACUUACUUCAUAAUUGAUGGUAUCUUCACUGGCAGUGCGGAGCAGGUUCAAGAGUACAGAGAGGCCUUGGAAGCGGUCCUCAUCAAAGGGAAGAAUGGAAUUCGGCUGAUUCCAGAACUGUACAGUGUCCCACUGGAAAAGGUAGAUGAAGAGUACUGCAACCCUCACACUGUUGACCGUGUCCCACUGGGCAAGCUGCCACUCAUGUGGGGUCAAUCCCUCUACAUCGUGGGUUGCCUCAUGGCUGAGGGAUUUCUGGCUCCUGGGGAAAUUGACCCUCUGAACCGGAGGUUUUCAACUGUUGCAAAGCCAGAUGUGGUGGUCCAAGUGUGCAUCCUAGCUGAGACAGAUGCCAUUAAGGCCAUCUUGCGGAAAGAGGACAUUGAGGUGGAGACAGUGGCUGAUGUCUACCCUAUCCGAGUGCAGCCGGCAAGAAUCCUCAGUCACAUCUAUGCUCGACUAGGCCGUAACAAGCGGAUGAACCUGAGUGGGCGGCCCUUCCGUCACAUGGGUGUUCUUGGGACCUCCAAGUUCUAUGACAUCAGGAACAACAUCUUUGCCUUCACUCCUCAGUUCAUAGACCAGCAGCAGUUCUACCUGGCACUUGACAACAGGAUGAUUGUGGAGAUGUUGCGGGCAGACCUUUCUUACCUGUGCAGCCGCUGGAGGAUGACAGGGCGUCCAACCAUCACCUUCCCUGUUUCACAGACUAUGCUUGAUGAAACUGGCACCAGCAUCCACUCGGCUGUCCUGGCCACGUUGCGGAAGCUGCAGGAUGGAUAUUUUGGAGGGGCAAGGAUCCAGACUGGUAGGUUGUCUGAAUUUCUCACAACUUCAUGUCGCACACACCUGAGCUUCAUGGACCCUGGUCCGGAGGGUAAGCUCUAUGCUGAUGACUAUGGGCUCAGCCUUGACAGCUUCAGCGAUUUAGACCCUGAGGACUGGCUGCAUGGCUUUCAAUUGUCAGAAGAUGCUGACAUCUGUGAUGAAGUUGCCCAGUAUUUAGACCACCUCCUGGAGCAUACAAUUCCCAAGGCCUCCCCCUCCGCAUCAAGUCAGAAGAAGGGGCUUCAUCGCUUCCGUGCAGCAGUUCACACCACUCGUGAUCUCGUGUCUCUGAUGACAAAGGCUAAAGAGCUGCAUGUGCAGAAUCUGAACAUGUACAUCCCUUCCAAGCUGUUCCUGGGUUCUCAGCCAUCGGUUAAUUUAGUGGGCUCAGCACAGAAGCAAGACGCCAAGCCGUCCAUCCCUGUUGAGGUGAACCUCCCUAAGGAUGCAGCUGGGAAUGUGGACUGCAAGGCCCUGGUGGAUCAGCUUCGCGAAUGCCACUCCCUCCAGGACCAGGCCAACUGCCUCUAUAUGCUCUACACCCUCAAAGGACCGGAUUGGGAUACAGAGAUCUAUGGUGAAUCUGGGGUCACAGUCACUGAUCUCCUCAUGGAGCUGUACAGCAAAGUUGGUUCCACUCGCCAGUGGGCCCUGAUCCGGUACAUCUCUGGGAUCUUGAAGAAGAAGGUGGAAGCUCUUGAUGAGGCCUGCACCAGCUUGCUGUCACAUCAGAAGCACCUGACUGUGGGGCUUCCCCCCGAGCCUCGUGAGAAGACCAUCUCUGCCCCUUUGCCAUAUGAGGAGCUCACCCGCCUGAUUGAUGAAGCCAGUGAAAAAAACAUGAGCGUAUCCAUCUUGACUCAGGAGAUAAUGGUUUACCUGGCCAUGUACAUCCGGACUCAGCCGACCCUCUUUGCUGAGAUGUUCCGUCUGCGCAUUGGACUCAUCAUCCAGGUGAUGGCGACGGAGCUGGCUCAGUCAUUGUGUUGCUCAGCUGAGGAAGCCACAGAGAGCUUGAUGAAUCUCAGCCCUUCAGAUAUGAAGAAUCUUCUGCAUCACAUUCUCAGCGGCAAGGAAUUUGGAGUGGAGAGAAGUGUGCGCUCCAUGGAUUCAGCAUUGACUCCAGCUGUCUCCAUCCGUGAAGUUGGCCCAGUUGGAGCAACGAAAACUGAACGGGCUGGGAUCGUCCGGCUCAAAAGUGAAAUCAAGCAGCAACUGGAUAAACGUAGGCAGUCUGUCCCUGAGCUUAAGUCUGGUGGUUUGCACUCCUUGGAGACUAUCAUGGAAGCUCCUCAGUUAUCCGGACACUCCAUACCACAAAGUGGCAAAGCAGAAGACCGUCCCUCCAAGGAUGGGCGCCAAGGCCAGUGGCUGAGACGCCGGCGGCUGGACGGGGCCCUCAACAGGGUCCCAGUGGGAUUCUACCAAAAGGUCUGGAAGAUCCUGCAGAAGUGCCAUGGAUUAUCUGUGGAAGGCUUUGUUCUUCCAUCUUCAACAACCAGAGAGAUGACUCCAGGAGAGAUCAAGUUUGCAGUCCAUGUCGAGUCUGUCCUAAACAGAGUCCCCCAGCCAGAAUACCGGCAGCUCUUUGUAGAGGCCAUUCUGGUCCUGACGAUGUUGGCGGAGGUGGAGGUGCCCUGCCUUGGCAGCAUCAUUGCGGUGGAGAAGAUAGUGCACCUUGCAAAUGACUUAUUCUACGAGGAACAGAAAGUCCUGGGUGCUGAUGACAACAUGCUGGAAAAGGACCCAGCCACAGGGAUCUGCGCCUUGCUCUAUGACAGUGCCCCUAGUGGCAGGUUUGGCACCAUGACCUACCUCUCCAAAGCUGUGGUCACCUACCUGCAGGAGUUCCUCCCUAGCAGCGGCUGCUCCAUGCAAUAGGCCAGUUUGGGUUUCUCUGCAUGAACUGGAAGAACAACCCAUGGAUUUACAUUUUGCUGUCUGAUUGACAAUUGGAUCAUGUCAUCUCAGCAAAGCCAUCCAGUUCUGGUGAUGGAAAUUGCCUUGAUGCAGUACCAUUGAAAAGUAACUUUGUGCUGCAAUAUCUGCCUUGGGUUGAGAAGGGGACUCUUCUGAGCAUUGCAAGAGGGCAAGUGAUGUGCAAUAAACUGCAUCUGCGCACAAAGAAUACUGUCUAUACAAAAACCCCUUUGCUUCAAGGAGGUUCUGUGCUUCUCAGGCAGAGGUUUCUGGGAUGGGAUCUCAUUGGGCGGGUGGCUGCCACUCGCCCAGCCUUACUGCUUGAGUUUGAAUGUAGAGAUCAAGAAGGCUUCUCAUGCACUGGGCAUUUGCUUUUAUGGGGAUCCUACUUGCAUGCAGCUGCGGACUUUGUUACCAGCUAAGAUUUUUUGCCUGCACUCUGUGAAACUUCAAUCAACCAGAUGUGCUGCUGCUUCUGACCUAGGGUACUAGUCUUCCCUUGUUUGUUGUCUCUCCAGUAUAAAUGCCUUGAGUGCCUUUAAUGUAAUCCAUUGUACUCCAGCAUCACCAGCCUCAGGGUGCUUCUCUUCACUCACUGAUACCCUGACAUAGGAUGGAACUUCGGCUGCUUCAUGUCAGUCCUGGCACUAUCAUGGACUACAAACCAUCUCCUACAGAAACCACUUGUCUGGGCAGCGACUUACCAAAUGGAAGUCAUUUCAAGUGCAUGCCAGAGUCAGUGAGUGCAUCUGCAGGAAGAUGAGGGUUCGGCAUUUUCUUCUCCUCGGUGGGGGCUUUUGGUCUAUCAUCUUCCUGCCUCCACUGAGAGGAUUGCUUGAUAGGCUUGCAACAGACCUCUGACUCGCCUGAAGCUGAGCUGGUGACAGUGGAUGUGCCACUACAAUGAUUAAGGCUCCAUCUGCCCUGCUCCAAGAAAAAUGAUUGACAGUGGGCCAUGUGGGAGAGAGGGUUGUUUGAUUCUCAGCAAAUGAACAGAAGCCUUGAAGGGCUUGGAAAAUGGUUUUUAUAGUGAGGUACAAGAUUUCCAGGGCUGAAAGUUACCACUGUGUGUUUGAAAUGAAUGUCUUUGUAAAGUAUUUAAAAUGUCAGUAUGACUUUCUGGGAAGGAGAGCCCGCUAUAGCCCAUUAAAGGACUGAAAUCCCUGGUAAGUACAUGUUGUCACUUCAGAAAUAUGUGACUCCAGGCUUCUCAUCCAAGGAAAGGAGGUAAACAUUGGGGCAGAGCUAGAUUCCUGGAAGGCAACAGGGCAGGAUGGGCUCCAGAAAAGGGCUGUACUCGAAGCCCAGCGCCUGGCUGGCUACACAGCCCACUUUAGUAUGAAGCAAUAAGUGUGAUAGUUGUGCUUGCGUGGUUGGUUUUAAGUGCCAAAUCUUUUGUGAAGGAGACGGGAUGAUUAACCUGUCCUAUCCCCAUCUCAAUCUGGGAUGCAAAAAUGUAUCUCAUAAAUGUGUUUACUGGGUUUAUAUGUUUGGACAGGUUAUUGCAAUGGCACUUUGUGAUAGUUUACCGAAUUAUCCAGUUGCACUUUCUAUUCAACCACAGCUGUAUGACAUCUGGAAACUCCACUCCAUACCUUGCUGUUUGGGAGGAUUUUGUGUGUGGCUUUGUUUUGUAAACCCCCACCCCAAAUUGUAAAAUUUCAGUAAAGAUUAAAAGCCUAGAAUAAAAUACCUCUAUUUAA